CCAAGAGAUUUGCGUAAAAGAUGAGCCGCGGCUACAAGAGGGCGGUUUGACUACUGCAUGUCGACUGUUUACUCACGAGGCCACAGGAUUACAGGACGUGAUUGGUGGAUUCGAUUACAUUGCUAAUUGUAGAUACCGGCACGCGUGCACCUGAUAACUACAGAUCACCGCACAGCUGCCAGUCAGUAGGCUCCCAACGUUGCUACAGAACGUUACCAAUCGGUCAAAAAGGUGCGAUGCUGCUUUUCUCUUUCUUUAUCGUUUCUCUCUUAUCAAGUGGCGUGCAGCUGUCAUUAAUCGGAGAAGGCUCCACGUCUGACUACAUGUAUGAGGUGGUAACACCGAGGCUUGAAGUUCAUCACCGGAAGACGCGUGGUGUUUCUGACAACAACGCUGCACAGCGGGGGGACAUACAUAUGUUGAUGUACAACUUGAACGCGUUUGGAGAGACCGUCCGCUUGCAUCUACAUCCCAAUGACGGUUUCAUUGCCGCAUCCCUCGAAGUCGAGUAUCACGGUUCCAACGGAAAGAGGAAGUAUGAGAGUGGAAGUGGGUAUGAGCUGCGCCGAUGCUUCUAUUCUGGAUUAGCUAAUUCAAGCGGAGCCAUUCGCUCUCGACCAGCUGUUUUCAGCGUUUGCGGGGGAUUGUCUGGCUUUUAUACGACCGAUAAUGGACAGUUUUUCGUCGAGCCGUUGCAAGGAAAGACAAACGGAAGCUCUACUGGUUGGUUGGAUGCUACCAAUGAGGCACACAUCGUGUACAAACGCAAACCCGCGGACAGCAGCAGCAGCAGCAAUACAUCGGACUGUGGUUUGCAAGGGCAUUUGUCUCAAGAUGUGGAGAAGAUAUCGAAAACCAUCACACGUAGGAGGCGGUCGCAAUCAAUGGAAAAUUACGUGGAGACAUUGCUGGUUGCAGACGAGGAGAUGUACAGAUAUCACAAACGGAGAACGGAACAUUAUCUUUUGGUGGUCAGCAACGUGGUGUCCCACCUGUUUCAAGAUCCAAGUUUGAAGAAUUUUGUCAAAGUGGUGGUUGUCAGGAUGGUGAUAUUGGAAGAGAAUCCUGCAACUCUGGAUAUAACAGACAGUGCACACCAUUCAUUGUACAGCUUCUGCAGGUGGCAGAAAGAUGAGAACUAUCCUCUUUACCACAAGUUACAUCAUGACAUAGCUGUGCUUUUCACAAGGAGAGAUAUCUGUAGAACUAGUACUCGAUGUGACACUUUAGGUUUAGCAGAGUUGGGCACAAUAUGUGAUCCUGCCAGAAGCUGCACAAUCAAUGAGGACAAUGGACUGUCUGUCGCUCUGACGGCGGCACAUGAAUUGGGACACAUAUUAAACAUGCCUCAUGAUGGAGAGACAUCAGACUGUCCUAUUACACCCAGUCAGUACAGACUGAUGGCUCCAACUCUCAGCUCACAUACUAAUCCUUGGUCGUGGUCGCAGUGCAGCAGCAAGGCUCUCACUGCCUUUCUUGAUGGCGGUAAUGGAAUAUGUCUGUUAAACAAACCCAAUGUGGAUUUAACUCAAGAUAUGAGCAAGAAUUUACCAGGACAGCUUUAUAAUUUAGAUAAGCAAUGUGAAAUGGCAUUUGGAUCGGGCAUCACUUCUUGCAAGUAUAUUCAAGAUGAAGUUCCAUGCAGACGAUUGUGGUGCAGUACCAGCAGUCCCGGUUGUAGAACAAGACACAUGCCGUGGGCGGAAGGCACACCUUGUGGAAACAAUAAGUGGUGUAUAAAGGGUAAGUGUGUGGCAAAGGAGAGGAACACUAAACCUAUAGAUGGCCAGUGGGGAAACUGGAAAUCAUUUAGUUCAUGCACGAGGACUUGUGGAGGUGGUGUUCAAUACUCAGAGAGAGACUGUGAUUAUCCAGAGCCUGCAAAUGGUGGUCAAUAUUGUGUUGGACAAAGAAGAAAGUAUACAUCAUGCAACACUCAGGAUUGUCCAAGGGGUUCGAUUUCAUUUCGUCAACUUCAAUGUGAAAGUUUUAAUGGUCAAAAACAUAAUUUCAACAAUGUCCCCUAUAAUGUCAAGUGGUCAGCAAAGUACAACUUGAGGCCAUCAGAGAGAUGCAAGUUGUUUUGCUAUACAAACACGGAUAGUAAAUACUACAGAUUGGCAGCUAAAGUAGUAGAUGGAACUCCUUGCAGUCCUGACACAUUUGACAUGUGUGUAGAUGGCCAGUGCAGGCCUGCUGGAUGUGAUCAUAAGUUGGGAUCUCAUGCUAAGAUUGAUAAAUGUGGAAAGUGUAAUGGCAAUGGACAGUCAUGCAGGGAAGUUGUAGGAUUUCUAGGAAGAGCACACUAUGCAGGGUAUAAUGAUGUUGUCACUUUUCCAGUUGGCACAACUCAGAUAAUAGUGAGGCAGCCUCCUAUUUUAGCUAGAGAUGAUAACUACUUGGCACUAAAGCAAGGUGGCAGUUUUAUAUUCAAUGGUGACUACAAGAUCAAUGUUGGUCGAUACAGAUACAAGUCGUUGGGUUGUGAGUGGUAUUACAAUGGAUCACAAACUGGGGUCGAAACGCUGACUUCUAAGGGACCUUUGCCUGUGCCGAUUACUCUGUUGGUGUUGUCAGUUGGAGUAGAGAGAACGCUGCAGCUUAGUUGGACUUUUAAUGCUCCUGCUAGUCUUGUGGAGACUGGUUAUCACUGGACACAGACUGAUUGGACGGCUUGCAGUUCUGAUUGUCAAGGCACUCAGAAGCGGACUGUUGUGUGUCGACGGAAUGACAAUAUGAAUGUGGUGCCUGAUCGACUCUGUGAUGCUGACAGUAAGCCGGAUGAGUCUCAACGAUGCAAUUUGUACUGUUCAUAUGAGUGGACAGUAAGGGACACACACUGUUCAGCAACAUGUGGUCGUGGCAGUAAGAUGAAAUAUGCAUCAUGUUUUCGUCGACAAGCAGGAACUAGGGCUCUCAGAGUGUCAUCUGAACAUUGCCAGGCGUUGCCAAUGCCGCCGUCUAGAAAUGUCACUUGUCAACUAAUAUCAUGCGUAACGCUUUCACCAGAUCAACAAGGUCAAUGGAGAGGAAACCCCUGGAGCAAGUGUUCGGCAUCAUGUGGUAAUGGAGUGCAGCAGCGAAAAGUUCGUUGUGUCAACAUCAAAUUAUGGAAGUUAAUGGCAGACAGUGACUGUGCAGCUAUUCCAAAGCCUGUUUCCAGGCAAGUUUGCAACCUGGGAUCUUGUGCCAAUCACGAAUAUUACUGGAAUGAAGGUCAAUGGAGCUCGUGCUCGAAGACGUGUGGUGUGGGUGUACAGCAACGUAGUUUGAGAUGCUUGGAUCAUAAUGGUCAAACUGUAUCUACGAGUUAUUGCUCGACACAAGGGAAGCCAAGGACAUCUAGGGAAUGCGUCAAGCAGCGCUGCACUAGGUGGCAAAGUCGGGACUGGACCAAAUGUUCAUCUUCGUGUGGCAUUGGGCAUCAAACACGACAAGUUGACUGCGUUGACGCUGCUGACAAUGUUGUCAACAAUAAACAUUGCAGUUUAACUUUUAAGCCUCUGGAAAGACAGAACUGUCGACUGCACAAUUGUCCUAGUGGACGAUGGCAAUUGUCUGCUUGGUCUGCAUGCUCUGCAACUUGCAAUAGAGGAGUUCGUGUAAGACGUGUGAUUUGUGCCGAUGAGCAAGGCAAUGACUUGGGAAAGGAAGGAUGCAAUGGAUCAGAAAAACCUCUUGCUGAAACAGAAGUUUGCAUAAUGGGAAGUUGCUAUGAGUGGAAAGUCAGCAACUGGAGCACAUGUUCAAGAAGUUGCGGAGGUGGCAAGGUACAACGGAAAGUCAAAUGUCAAAGUGCAACUGGCCAAAUUGUGCCAAAUGCAAUGUGUCAACACUUGUCAAGACCAAUUGCCACAGCUGUUUGUAAUCAAUUAUCUUGUCCUAAAUGGCAUAAAGGGGAAUGGACUAAGUGCUCAAAGAAAUGUGGUCCUGGCAUAAAGUAUCGACUUGUUCGAUGUGCUGGACCUUUCAACCAGUAUGUUGCUGAUUCAAAAUGCAACUUGAGCAAACGACCAGUGCAUGCCAAAAAGUGUCAAUUAGCACACUGUACAGAUUGGCGUAUUGGAGAAUGGUCGUCGUGCACCAAGUCCUGUGGGAUGGGAGCUCAGACAAGGAGUGUCAAAUGCUACAGAAAGAAUAAACUCUUGGCUGAUUCCGGCUGUGCUCAGCCUGCUCCAGUAACAUCUCGAUCAUGUAUGAACCAGGCAUGUCCCACAUACUUAUGGGUUGUCAGUGGAUGGAAACCUUGCUCUGUAACGUGUGGAAAGGGCACGACAUCGAGAACUGUUGAAUGUGUUGAUAGAGCCACGAAGAAAUCUGUAGGCAGUAAUUUUUGCGAGUCGGUUAGUCGUCCAAGAAAUAGUGAUCGUUGUCAGUUAAGAACAUGUCCAGGACAUUGGGAUACUAAACCUUGGAAUCAGUGUUCAGUUACUUGUGGGAAUGGUGUACAGAAAAGGAGUGUGGACUGUAUGAGUGGUGAUCAUGUGGUCAGUGAUAGCUACUGCCGAUCUACUUCGAAGCCUUUAGGAAGCCAACAGUGUACAAAUUCUCCUUGUGACUCGGUCGUCUGGGUGUAUGGGAGCUGGACAUCAUGUGAUAAAAGCUGUGGUGGAGGAAUUCAAAAGAGACAUCACUAUUGCUCUUACAACAACAAUCGACAUACUCGACUUUCUCAGCAGUUGUGUGUGCAAGAGCUCGGCGAGCCACUAAGACAAAGGCCGUGUAAUGUAGACAGUUGCUUUGUUGAAUUACGCCCACUGCCAACAUCGUGCAACGAAGUGAAGACAAAAGAAAUAGGACGUUCAGAUGGAACAUACUUGAUUUCGACUCGAAAUGGUGUGUUGAAGAUAUAUUGCUAUGAAAUGAACACUCAAUUUCCCAAGGAGUUUAUAACAUUGUUAUCAAAAACUAGCAACUAUGCCGAAAUAUUUUCAAAGACUCUAAGAAAUCCCAACACGUGUCCAACAAAUCUUACUUCUUCAAUUGUCAAUUCACAUCCGUAUCGUGGCAAAGGACGAACAGAGUUCAGUCGUGUUCGUAUUGAUGUCCAUUCAAUGGAAAUAAUGACCAAUGAUUUCACGUUUGCAACAAAAUCAAGUCCAGGAGAACGUACUGUAGAGUAUGGCUCGGCAGGAGACUGCUUUAGCAAUUUAGGAACAUGUCCAAUGGGUGAGUUUAGGGUUGAUCUACGCUCUACUGGUUUGUACGUGGACCCAAAACAUAGCUGGCAGCAUCAAGGACGGCAUUCUGUUGUGAAAACUAGGGCACAAUUUAACCAUCAAGUUGUCACUGGAAAAUGUGGUGGCCACUGUGGACAAUGCUACUCAUUUGGAUCAAGGAUUCGAGUCAAACUUGUAUAAAGAAAGCCGAUCAAUUCUGACGUUUGCUGCUUGUGUAUCGCAAAUGAUACUGCAACUCUCACUCUGCUGUGCAGGGUGGCUGAACGAUAAUAUCUGAUUUAUAUUUAUUUCUUCUGGAUGCUGCAUUGGGUGGUACAAGACUCUGUCUCAACUAUUGCACUGGUUUAGUUUAAUACGGCUACAGAUAAUUUAAAACACAACACUUCGUCUGACUUAGUGAUUGAGCAGUCACAUUUGUAAUUUUUAUCUUAUAAUAAUAAUAGUAAUAGAAGUGUUGACUUUGA